GGCGGUGGUGAUGGGUGGUGCCGGCCGGCUGCUCGCCUCCCUGGGCCGCGGCGGGCCCGCUGCCGCCCUCCCCCGGCGCCGCGGCGGGCGGGAGGAUGGAGCAGGGGCUGUCCGCCAUCACCCUCUACUGCGCGCCCGCCGCUGGCGCCGCGGCUGCUGCCUGCGCCAUGGAGCCUGAGCAGCAACUUACAAAUGGAGAUAGAGGCUUUGAGAAUGUGGAGCUGGGUGUCAUAGGAAAGAAGAAGAAAAUUCCAAGGAGGGUUAUUCAUUUUGCAAGUGGAGAAACAAUGGAAGAAUAUAGCACAGAUGAAGAGGAAGAUGAACAAGAGAAAAAAGACCUGUUGCCACCUGUAGAUCCUACAACACUCACGUGGGGACCGUACUUGUGGUUUCACAUGCUGCGAGUUGCCACAUCAACCUUAUCAGUGUGUGAUUUCCUUGGGGAAAAGAUUGCAUCUGUUUUGGGGAUAAGCACACCAAAAUACCAAUAUGCCAUUGAUGAGUAUUACCGAAUGAAGAGAGAGGAGGAAGAGGAGGAACAGGAAAACAAGAUGUCAGACGAAGCAGAAAGACGGCACCAGGAACAGCAGAACAAGCCACAGGCUGAAGCUCCUGUCCAGACAGACCAGCCUGAAGCAACAGCAUGCACUUCAUUCGUGAAUGUAAACUUUGAACAUGAGGGAGAUUGCCAGUCCAUUGGGGAAGAUAAACAGGAUGCGGUUCCUGUCCCUCCUUAAGUGUAAAGUCCUGUAUGAUGUAAGAAGUGUCAGGUGUCACGCUCUGACUAUAAGAAGCAGGAAAAAUAGGAUGAUACUUGUUCAGUGAAAUACAACUUCUAGCAUUCUUAUUGAUCAGGAGAGAGCUUGGUGAUGUCUGUUCAGUCUGUCUGCCUAAGGAAGGCUGAGGCAUCCUGCUGAACUGGCACUUCAGAUAAAAUGAAAAUUGCACUAGAAACAUUUGGUCUACAAUUGAAUGUGUAAGCUAAUUUCUGUGUAAAGCAGGUAAAAAUGUCUUUCCCAAAUUCCCUGAAUUGCUGUGUCUCUUACACCUGUGGAUUGCAGAUGCAGGCUGUUUCCUACUUCUAAACACCUAUUUCUGAUUUGCACAUUGUUUGCAACUCAGCUCUCUAUGAAUAGAUUAAUAGGAAUCAAUAUUCUGUAACUCACAAGUCAUUAUAAUAGUGUCUGUUUUCCCCUAUUUAUUGUCA